CAAAUAAUAAUCGUUGUCACACAUUUUUAGGAAGGUGAAUUAAAAAAAUAAUAUUUAUACCACAUUUUUGGUUAAUAGAAGGUGAAUACAUAUGUGUGAUUUGAUUGCUUAACAGUAAAUAAAAAUUAAUAAAAAAAAAUUUAAAAAAUACUCUGUAGUAAGAUUUAGUUGAUUAAAGGUUGAAAAGUAAUAAAUAUUGAAAAAAUAAAACUUUAAUUUAGGGACAAAAUAUAGGCUUCGGAUUUUGUGGGUGUGUGGGGAGAGCUAUUUCUUUGUAUUUAAAUACGUGCCUUCUUAGCUAGGCUCUUACACAUUUCAAGCUUGGUUCUCUAUUCCCUAAAUCCCCAAGAUAAUAAGACUCUAGAAUACAAUUCCUAGAUUUUUUUUAUACAAGUACCCUAACUUUACGAGUAAUACCCUAAAUUAAAGCUUUAUUACAUAUGGAGAAGACCAUCAAAGUAGCAAGGCAAGAAGCAGUGGUGGUGGUGCCAGCAAACCCCACAAGAAGAGAACUAAAAGAGCUAUCAGACAUAGAUGAUCAACAAGGCCUUCGAGUUCGACCUCAAGUGAUCAUGGCUUUCAAAGCGAACCGAUCAAAAGCUGGGAAAGAUCCAGCAAAAGUGAUCAAGGAGGCUAUUGCAAAAGCCCUAGUGUACUACUACCCUUUCGCCGGUAGGCUAAAGGAAGGGCCAAAUAGGAAGUUGAUGGUUGAUUGUAACGACGAAGGUGUGUUGUUUAUUGAAGCAGACGCCAAUGUUCGUUUGGAGGAGAUUCGAACUCGAAUUCUACCUCCAUGUCCUUUGUUGGAGGACUUCCUUUAUGAUGUCCCUGGCUCCAAGGGGAUCAUAGGUUGCCCCUUAUUGCUAUUUCAGGUGACUCGUUUAAUUUGCGGUGGUUUUAUACUGGGAGUACGAUUCAACCAUACGGUGUGUGAUACACCAGGAUUUGCGCAACUAUUGCAAGCAAUGGCUGAAAUAUCAAGAGGUUUACCGAGACCUUCUGUUAUGCCUCUUUGGAAAAGGGAGCUUCUGGCCGCUAAAUACCCCAUGCGAGUGACUUGCGCACAUCUUGAAUAUGGACAGGCAGGAGACAUAAAUCAUGAACAACAAUUUAAGGAUGGAGGCAACAUGGUUCGAGGAUGCUUCCACUUUGGUCCGAAACAAAUUCGAACAAUCCGCAACCUUUUUCCUCCCAACAUACAACACUCUAGCUCGACGUUUGAGCUACUAUGUGCAUUCUUGUGGAGAUGUCGUACGAUUGCCCUUCAACCCGAUCCUGAGGAAAUCGUUAAGUUUUCGAUGUAUAUCAGUUUACGAGGAAAACAAUUCACGCCUUUACCAACCGGAUACUAUGGUAAUGCUGUUGUUUGCCCUGCAGUAGCCACAAAAGCUAAGGAUUUGCUACGCGAAAAUUCAUGGACAUAUGCCUUACAAUUAGUAAAGGGAUCAAAAGAUAAAGCGAACGAGGAAUACGUGAGAUCUAUGUUAGAUUAUACGGUUAGUAAUGGAAGGCCGGAUUAUACGGAGUAUUUACAUUGGAUGACCACAAAUCAUGCGUACAUAGGACUCGAAAAGGUUGAUUUUGGGUGGGGAACUCCGUUGUAUGCCGGAGUUCCUAGGCCACAUUUUGUGCAAAGUAUGUUUACAAGAUUUGAGAAUGAUAGAGGAGAAAUGGUGAGGGUUGUGCUUAUGCUUUUGCCUUUGCAAACUAUGAGUAGGUUAAAGGAAGAGUUGCGAAAAAUCGUUGGUGAUCAACGUGAAAGCUCACGUAUUACACAUGCAAGUUAUGAGAUUGCUAGGCUUUAGAUUGCUAAAUGUAUGUAGUUGAAUUGCUUAAAUACGUGAGAAUUAAGAUGGUUGAUGAUAUUGAAGAUUAAACUCAAUUUUUGAACGUUUGGAGUUCGGAACUACUUCAUUGGUUCAUUACACAUGUUCAAGAAUGCAGGAUUAAUAGAUUUUCAAGAAUAGUGGUUCCAAAAGUUUAGUAUAACAUACUUGUACUAAGUUAGUAGUAAGUGAGUUAGUUGUAUGAUACAUAAUUAUUGGAAGAUUAAGCAUGUUUUAUGUUUUAUUAAUAAUGUUAAGUUAGAUAUGAUGUAUUGGGACAUGAUAUCCACUUUCUAAUGAUGUUCAUUGUAUAACUGAUUUGCUCACUUCUUACUAUUGAGAGAGUUAUUAUUGUAUGCCCCUA